UGUAGUAGUUUUUUUUUUUUGUUUGGAAUAGCAUAAUCACUUUUCAACAAAGCUGUUUUGUUAGUGUCUUUUUUCUGCUAUGGGUCAGGGGUGGAAGCGGGUCCACUUAUUGGUUUUCUUGAUUUUCUUGAAACAUGCUGUUGGACAUGAAGGUUGGACUUCUCAGAAUGUUCAGCCUCAGAAUUGGUCUGUCCACAAGCUCUUCUCCCCUAGGGAAGUCCAGUCUUCUGUGUUGGAGGCUCCAGUGACUGGAAGCAUUCCUGUUGAAGAAGUGGCCUCUAAUAUGUUUGCUGGGAAGAACCCAAAUGCCAGCAGGCCUCCAUUUUCCAUUUCACGUCAGUAUGUAAAAGGAGGCUUUUCCAGCAGCUAUGGAUCUAUGUCUCCUACCCAAAGUGCACCAACUGUCUUGGACAGCAUUUCAUCACUGCUACAACUCCAGGGUUCCUCCAGUCCAAAUGCCCAGAAUGUAUUUAACCAGUCUACUCGUGGACAAGAUUCCUAUAGCCAGUCUUCUCAGUAUGGCUCUGGACUGCAAAGAGUUUCUGCUGAACUCUCUUCCACACCAGUACGAGGUGGUAGUUCCAGUGGCUUGUCCAUCCUGUCAAAGCUUGGUCUCCCAUCUCUUGAUGUUUCUGACCCACCCACCGGUGAUCAAAGCUCCUCAAACAUGUCUACAAGCGCUCUGGGCAGCUCUGGCCUUCAGUUGGGAGGAACCUCUAGUCUGUUUUCUGCAAAGAAUAGCUCUUCCACAGGGUCCUCAAGCAGUUCCCGCCGAUUCUUUACUUCUACGUAUCAGGGCAGCUCUGGUUCACAACUGGCAGGAGGUUCCAGCCAGCUUGUUUCUGCAAGUGGUUUGUUCACCCAGUCUCCAAGUACUGAAAGUCAGGAUACCCCUGGGUCCUCAUAUGCCAAGCUUGCUGCCUCACCCCUAGAUUUUAGCCAGUCUACCACUGAUCAGAGCUCUUACAGCCAGUAUACACCAAGCUCAGAGAGCAGCUUUGGCACUCAGCUGGCAGCUUCCCGUCCUGUACCUGGACAGGGUAGUCGUUAUGGUUCAUCUGUCGAGCCUCAAGAUACCACUAGCCAGCAUGCUCCAACUUUUUCCUUGGGUGCAAAACUGCCAGUGUCCAGUCAGUACUAUCAAGCAACUUGGAGUGAUUCUCCAUCUCGGGAGCCUUCAGCCUCAAGGACCCAAGCAUUUCAGGCAGUGUCACAAGGAUCUGGUACGUCACAGAGCAGUUCUUGGUCUCCAAGUAGGUUCUCUUCACUGUCUUCUGCAGGAGGUUCUAUCAGCUCUACUGAUGGCUCUUCUGUACGGUCUCAACAUGCCUCCAGCCAGAAUGCCCUGGCUUCUUUGGAUUCAAAAGUGCCUUUGUACAGUCAAGCUGCUCCAAGUAGUUCAUCUCUGUCUCUGAGCUCUCCAUCUCAAUGGCAGCCUUCCUCUAGGUGGUUGCAAAGAUUGCAGGCAUCUGGUACAGUGGCAUCAGAGCAUAGCUCUCCAUCUCAAGGCUCCAAGGCUCCCAGUAGGUUAUCUACCUCAGCAAUAAGUCCUGGCCAAUUUGCUUCCAAACAGAAAGGAAGUAGCAGGUUUAGUGGCUUGUCCAUGCAGUCUCAAAGUACCUCAAGUCAGUAUAGUCCUGGGUCCUCUGCAUAUGCCAAGCUUGCUGCCUCACCCCAAGGUGUUAGUCAGUUAACCAGUGGACAAAGCUCUUACAGCCAGUAUACAUCAAGCUCCCAGAGCAGGGCUGGCACUCACCUGGCAGGCUCUAGUCACCAUGCACCUGUGCAGUCAAGCACCUUUACUGAUGGCUCAUUCCUCCAGCUUCAAGGUACCUCUAGUCAGUAUGCACCGGUUUCUUUGGGUUCAAAAGUGCCUGUGUACGGUCAAGCUGCCCCAAGUGCGUACUCUGCUCUGAGCCAGACAACUCGGUGGGAACCUCCCACUUCUAGAUGGUCCCAAGGUUUUCAAACUUCUGGAGCUGUGGCAUCACAAAUCGACUCUCACCCUCAAGGUUCCAAGGCUCCCAUUGGUCAGAGCACCUACAGCAAGUAUACAUCAAGCUCCCAGAGCAGGUCUGGCACUCAGCUGGCAGGCUCAAGUCCUUAUGUGCCUGUGCAGUCAGUAAGCACCUCUACUGAUGGAUCAUCUCUCCAGCUACAUGGUACCUCUAGUCAGUAUGCACCUGGUUUGGAUUCAAUAGUGCCUGUGUACGGUCAAGCUGCCCCAAGUGCAUCCUCUGCUCUGAGCCAGACAUCUUGGUGGGAACCUUCCACUUCUAAGUGGUCCCAAGGUUUUCAAACCUCUGGAGUGGUGACAUCACAAAGUAGUUCUCCCUCUCAAGGUUCCAAGGCUCCCAGUAAGUUCUCUACCCUUACCUCAGGAGCAAGUCCCACCCAAUUUGCCUCCAAACAGGAAGGAAGUGGUAGAUAUAGUGGCUUGUCCAGCCUGUCUCAAGGUACCUCAACUCUGUAUAGCCCUGGGUCCCCUGCAUAUAUCAAGCGUGGUUCCUCGCUGCUUGAUGUUUCUAGGCAUUCUGCCAGUGGUCAGAGCACCUACAGCAAGUAUACGUCAAGCUCACAGAGCAGGGCUGGCACUCAGCUGGCAGGCUCUAGUUCUUAUGUGCCUGUGCAGUCAGUAAGCACCUCUACUGAUGGCUCAUCUCUGCAGUUGCUAGGUACCUCUAGACAGUAUGCCCCUUCGCCCUUGAAUGCAAAAGUGCCUGUGUACAGUCAGGCUGCUCCAAGUGGACCCUCAUUGUCUCCGAGCCAACCAUCUCAAUGGCAGACUUCCUCAAGGUGGUCACAAGCUUUUCAGACCUCUGGUACAGGGGCAUCACGGAGUAGCUCUCGCUCCAAGGCUCCCAGUCGCUUCUCUACACUUACCUCUGCAGCAGGUCCUGGGCAUUUUGCCUCAAAACAAGAUGGAAGCGGCAAAUAUAGUGGCUUUUCCAGCCUGUCUCAAGGUACCUCAAGUCAGUAUAGCCCUGGGCCCUCUGCGUAUGCCAAACAUGGUUCCUCUCUUGAUGCUUCUAGCCAGUCUACAAGUGAUCCAAACUCUUCUGGCCUGUAUGCAUCAAGCUCCCAGAGUAUGGCUGGAAGUCCGCUGGCAGGUUCUAGUCCUAUUCUUGUUCGGACGGGAAGCACCUCUACUGGGGGAUCGUCUUUCCAGUUUCAAGGUACCUCUAACCAGUAUGUCCCUUCUGUCCCUUCUGUGGCCCAGGGUAGCCAGAGUUCUAUCUCUAGUCCUCUGAGGAUCUCAAGCUUCUUUGGUGUAGGACAACGGCUCUCUUCUGCUUCUGGCUCCCAAAUCCAUAGCCAAAUAUCUCCUGGUCUGUCUGCUUCAGUUCAACACCCCUCAGACUCCAUGACUUCAUCUCUUGGCUCAAGUGUCCAAGGAGCUUUACAAGGUAUAUUCUCUGGUCAGUCAAGUUCCACCUAUGGCCAGAAACCUUCAGGCUAUUCCAAAUCAUCCCAAAGCUCCUCUGCUACAGGACGGUACUUCUCAUCUGUCAAGGGCUAAGGGACUGCCAUGUACAUUUUGUGCUGUGGAAUGUCAGUGCUAGAUGGUAUAAAGCUGUGCUUUUUAAUCUAACUUUUGAAGCAAUAAAUUGUUUAAUAUAAA